AUUUACCUACUAGAGAUAUGAAGGUACUGCCUAAUGCUGAUAAUGCAGGCAUUUAUGAAGCGUUUCUCAAAGAAAAAAUGGAGAAGUUUCAUUCAAAAUACGCAUGCGCGAGAUUUAAAAUCUCGUUUUUAACCAAUGACGUAACGACAUUCAACAAAGUCGCUGACAAAUCGUCGAUAAGUUUGGAAGCAACAUUUUUACGGCAGUAUAUGCAAAUAGGCCCAGAUCUCAUUAAAUUUUCUGGCAAAAAGGCGUUAAGAGUCUGGAUAUCGCUGUUUAGAAAGAAAAUGGAACAAAGUUGACCCUCCGGGAUAUCAAGGAUCACUGUAAUAAGUCAAUGAGAUAUAUAAACAUAUGGAAGAAAGAUCUAUAAUAUAGGACGAAGAACAACACUUGGAAUGUGACGUUAUUAGAGAUUCGAAUGCUGUGGAA